GUGGUACAAGAAAGUCAACAUGGCCGCUUGCUAAGCACAAAUCGUACGUCGCAAACAAAGAAACGGCGCAGUUCACGGAAAAAUUAGGCCGCGUUGUGUGGUUUUAGUUGAUUUUCUGUGACUGAUAGGCUUGGGAGUAUAUCGUAGGAUGCUGGAGCUUGAGGUGGUACCCGAGAGGUCUCUCGGUUGUGAGCAGUGGGAAUUUAUUUUAGGAAUGCAUUUCUCUCAAUCUGUAGCAAUAAUACAAUCACAAGUGGGCAUUAUAAGGGGAGUACAAGUUCUUUACAGUGAUACUAAUCCAUUAGAAGUAGACUUAGUAAUAAAUUUACCACAUGACGGGGUACGACUUAUAUUCGAUCCAGUCGCGCAGAGGUUGAAAAUUAUAGAAAUAUAUAAUAUGAAGCUAGUUAAACUUAAAUAUUGUGGUCUGCCUUUCAAUUCACCAGAGGUACUUCCAUCUAUUGAACAAAUAGAACAUUCGUUUGGGGCUACUCAUCCUGGCGUCUAUGACAGUGACAAACAGGUACAAUUGAGAUUAUGCAGUGUGUUCGUUCUGAAUUUCAGAGGACUGUCGUUCUACUUCCCAAUAGAUUCUAAAUUUCAACCAGGCUAUGCACAUGGCUUGGGAUCCUUACGAUUCUCUAACGGAGCUUCACCACUGGUGGCUAAAACUGCUAUUUAUGUUGGAAAUAAUGUUGCUACUGGAACUGCUGGCGGAGGAGAAGAACAUAGUCCCAAAACAUCUCCUCCACCUUUACCACUCGUCUGCUACCAUAACAACUUGUAUUUGGACAAGGCAGAAGUAAUUAGAGAUAAAAUUCGUACCCGUGGUUUGAAAUUGCAUCUCUUCACGGAGGGAGGCUCAGCAACAAGGGUUCUAUUGGAGCCUAAAAAACAUCGUUUUACCAAAGAGGUUUGGUUCGGGGAUUCGUGUGAAGAUGUGUUGAGUGCUCUUGGGGCGCCUUCUCGAGUAUUUUUCAAAGCAGAGGACAAAAUGAGAAUCCACAGUCCCCAUGCGCAUAAGCGGGACAAAACCAGGCGUUCAGAUUUCUUUUACAAUUACUUUACCCUUGGACUGGACGUUUUGUUCGAUGCCAAGACGCAGUGGGUAAAAAAAUUUGUACUGCACACAAAUUAUCCAGGGCAUUAUAAUUUCAAUAUGUACCAUCGUUGUGAAUUCACUUUGAAUCUACCACCGGAAACAAAUGGCGCAUCCGAUUCUGGAAAACUCAUUGACGUUUCUCCAUCCCCAGUAACAAUCACUGCCUACACUAAAUGGGACAGAGUAAGCGAGCAGUUAAAGGCUAGUGCGCGACCCGUUGUAUUAAAUCGCGCAUCUUCGACCAACACUACAAAUCCAUUUGGAUGCACGUUUUGCUAUGGCGUUCGCGAUGUGAUCGUAGAAGUAAUGGCUAAUCAACAUAUUGCCAGUGUUACGUUAUAUGAGACGGCGUGACCCAUGUAAACAAAACUGCUUGUAAAACUCUUUGCCACUUCUCCUUUACGAGAGCAAGAAAUAUGAUAAAUUUAACAAAAUAAUGGUAAUGAUAAUAAUAACAACAACAACCAAUAAUAAUAAUAAUAAUAAUAGUAAUAGUAAUAAUAAUAACAGCAACAACAACAAUAAUAAUAAUUCAUUUAAGUCUACGUGAGUAAGUGAUAUUUUAUGUGAAAAAAUGAUUAAAAAAAAACAAUAAGGGAAAGUGAUAAUCUCUAAUUGAGAAGGGUUAAUUUUGCAGAUCUGUAAUGCAGCGCAAAAUAUGACAUGAAAAACAGCAGAUGAGCAGAGUUCUCGACCUGAAGCCUUAUUAAUGAAAAUGAGGAAACAUUUCGAGUUUUUUGGCAUCAGUACAGUUUGAAAUUACUCACUCUCCUAACAUAAACAUCACUCUGCUAAUUUUUCACUUGCCUAAACUCAAAGUUGAUAUAGGACCAUUCAUUCAUAGAUUACGAACUCUAUUUUAUGUACUACGUAGAAUAGAUAGACUAAUCUAUAAGUGGAUCUCCUAGCCUGAUACAAAAAUGUUAUAUACAAUGGAAGUGAAAACAUUGAAAAAGUAAUAUUAUCGCAUGCGUACAUAAAUAUACAUAAACACAAUUUACUGUGUAAAUGUGUAUAUAUGUUUAACGCUUCAGUAAAUUUAUAUUAAAUUCAAACUCAAUAGACAGUGUUUCGGCCAAUAGUCAGUGGAACUUUCCUCGGUGCUGUUAAUGGCUGUUUUACGUUUACUCAAAUAAUUUUAUAACCCUGGAGAAGCUAGCUAGAAGCCAGGGCUUAAAAAUACAAUUCUCUGAUCGUGGUUCCCGAUUUCUAUCUCCAAUACGGUGACAUUGUUUAUCCAUAUCAAUACUUACAAUGCCUGGUAUCGAUUCUACAUAAUAGAUUUUAAUCAUAGUACAAUACUUUCAUAUUAGGCUUAAUGGCCAUAAUUAUCAAUAUGAAUUAUAAUACUUAUGGUAGUGGAUUACGUCAUGUAAAUCAAAACCCUGUGUCUCCCCGCACUCAGGCCUUUGCCCUCUUGUUCACCCCAAAAAAAGCAUAAAAAUAUUAAGUAAUAAAAAUUUGCGUAGAUAGUAAUUAUAUAGUUAAAAGAAUUUAUGCAAAUAAUUAUAAAUGAUAAUUAAUUGUAACGUGUAAUGUUAAUAUUUAAUUUUCAUAACUCAAUUUUUCUAACGUGUAGUUUAAGAAAAAGGAAUGAAGAUUAAAAAAAUGAUGAAAAAAAUAAUUGUAGCAAUGCUAGAGUGCCGCAAGUGACGCAGCUUUGUGAUGAAAUUUAGUUUACACAGAUUUAGUUAAUAAUUUCUAAUUCCUAAUCAAUUAUAUGAUUGAAUAAUUGUGAGAUUUUUCAAAGAAAACAAUUUCUCGUAGUCAAGCGAAUAUUAUUACCAAUCAUCUUUUAAAAUCAUGUUCUCAUUAUCUAAGUACUACAGGUACUCUGACGUUGAAAAAAAAACCUUUUCCUUACGAAUGGAUACCAAUACUUACUAAAUAUUUUUCUAGUACAACAAAAAUCGUUAUAUAAUUAAAUUUGGGGAAAAAUCAGGAAUAACACAUAUUAACAGUUUCAUCGCAAUAUCACGCAAACAUUUAUAACUUAUCACAACCCAUUAUAUUGUUAGCUGUGUUUCAUCGUUAGUGGUAGACAUGUGCUUCAUUAGCUGAGGCAAAGUUAAAAUAAUUUGGAGGAAAGGAAAGAAAGUAAAACAAUUUUCAGAGUACUGAAAUUAUUCGACUAACGUCGUUGACUCUACAUAAAUAUAAUUCUGAGAAAAUUAAUUGCAAUUAUUUUGAAUUAAGUUGUGUCGAACAUAACAUGUUUUAAAUACAUAUGAGUAUGCUAUACAUAUACCAAUUGCAUCCAAUUGUGCAAGUAAUACCUCUGUAACUCUAUCGUAUACUUUCAUGUGUAAUUUGGGCAUAUAUAUUAUAUAUACGAUCUUUCCACAUUUCACCAAUAGCUGCCUCAAACUUUGUAUAAAUUAUAGACCCGAAUUUUGUCCAAGGAUAAUCAGACCGAUCCAGCGCCAACGUCAACAUUGACAUAAAAUUAUUUUAAAUGCGUACAUUUAUAUUAAUGUUUAACAUUAUGAUUAAAGCGUUAAGAAUUUUUUUUUUCUCUAUUUUAUAAAUAUCUUAAUUUACGGUUCUUUGUUGUUUCCGUUCGGUUAUACAAUUUUAUGGUUUUGUAUGAUAAAUCUAUUAUAUUUCUGUACGUAUUUUUCGUAUGUAUUGUGAUCGAAGGAAAAAAAUGUCAGUUAAAACGUCU